GGUUGGCAAUCAAAGAAGCAAUCAGUCAUCGCAACAUCGACCUUGGAAUCGGAGUACUCAGCAUUCCUUGAGGCGGUCAAAGAAGCUCUAUGGCUUCGCCAGCUUCUCGCGGAUGUUGACUGGGACCCGGCUGUCUGUAGCUCUCCACUUGAGGCCAAGCGGUACUGCCCCCUCUCUGACCAAUGCCACUGUGAAGUCCGAAAAGGUGACAGCACGGAAUAAACACUUUGACAUUCACCUAUUCAAAUCGCGCGAAGUACAACAAGAAGGGAUUGUGGACUUCAACUUUAUUCCGAGCGGGGAGAAUGCUGCCGAUGGCCUCACGAAAGUGCUAGUAGAAACCACCCACUACCACUUUCUCAAGAUGAUUGGCAUUCAACCAUAGUUCUUGACUUUCUCUUCUUUCUGUUUCACUACUACUUAUUAUUCCGAUCUAUGAUGUGGGUGAUCUGGGUUCUGGACGAGGUAUGGUCAGGAGGAGCUGAGAGUAUACCUUUCCCUUCUGAGACAAUUUGGAUGAAGGGUUUUACUGGUGCUCAAUGAUGCUCAGGACUUGGGUUCUUUGUUGAUAGAUUUAGCUACAAUGGUUUAGUUAAGAAAGGGCGGGAAGUGUUGGAAACUGGUGUUGAAACUGGGUUGUGCUGUAGUUCCGAGUGAGGCUCUGUGACGGCUUACGUCACCCUCAUGUAUAUAAGCUAGUCUCCCCUCUGCUACCUUUCUUUUCUUUUCUCUUUUCCUUCUUGUAACACAACAUA